AUGACCACAGUUAUAGUUCUGUUCAUGGGUUAUGACCAUAUGACCAUAGUUAUGUUCAUGGGUUAUGACCAUAUGACCACAUUUAUAGUUCUGUUCAUGGGUUAUGACCAUAUGACCACAUUUAUAGUUCUGUUCAUGGGUUAUGACCAUAUGACCACGGUUAUAGUUAUGUUCAUGGGUUAUGACCAUAUGACCACAGUUAUAGUUAUGUUCAUGGGUUAUGACCAUAUGACCACAGUUAUAGUUAUGUUCAUGGGUUAUGACCAUAUGACCACAGUUAUAGUUCUGUUCAUGGGUUAUGACCAUAUGACCACAGUUAUAGUUAUGUUCAUGGGUUAUGACCAUAUGACCACAGUUAUAGUUCUGUUCAUGGGUUAUGACCAUAUGACCACAGUUAUAGUUAUGUUCAUGGGUUAUGACCAUAUGACCACAGUUAUAGUUCUGUUCAUGGGUUAUGACCAUAUGACCACAGUUAUAGUUCUGUUCAUGGGUUAUGACCAUAUGACCACAGUUAUAGUUCUGUUCAUGGGUUAUGACCAUAUGACCACAGUUAUAGUUCUGUUCAUGGGUUAUGACCAUAUGACUACAAUUAUAGUUCUGUUCAUGGGUUAUGACCAUAUGACCACAGUUAUAGUUAUGUUCAUGGGUUAUGACCAUAUGACCACAGUUAUAGUUCUGUUCAUGGGUUAUGACCAUAUGACCACAGUUAUAGUUCUGUUCAUGGGUUAUGACCAUAUGACCACAGUUAUAGUUCUGUUCAUGGGUUAUGACCAUAUGACCACAGUUAUAGUUAUGUUCAUGGGUUAUGACCAUAUGACCACAGUUAUAGUCCUGUUCAUGGGUUAUGACCAUAUGACCACAGUUAUAGUCCUGUUCAUGGGUUAUGACCAUAUGACCACAGUUAUAGUUCUGUUCAUGGGUUAUGACCAAAUGACCACAGUUAUAGUUAUGUUCAUGGGUUAUGACCAUAUGACCACAGUUAUAGUUCUGUUCAUAUGA